AUGCGUGAGUGUAUUUCCAUACAUGCAGGUCAGGCCGGCGUCCAAAUAGGAAAUGCAUGCUGGGAGUUGUACUGCUUGGAACAUGGAAUUCAACCAGAUGGACAAAUGCCGUCAGAUAAAACUGUUGGAGGUGGUGAUGACUCUUUCAAUACUUUUUUUAGCGAAACUGGUGCCGGAAAACAUGUGCCCAGAGCAGUAUUUAUUGAUUUAGAACCGACUGUGGUGGAUGAAGUACGUACAGGUACUUACCGUCAAUUAUUCCACCCAGAACAACUCAUAACAGGCAAGGAAGAUGCCGCUAACAAUUACGCCAGGGGACAUUAUACUAUUGGCAAGGAAAUAGUAGAUCUAGUUCUGGACAGGGUAAGAAAAUUAGCGGAUCAAUGCACUGGAUUACAAGGGUUUUUAAUUUUUCAUUCUUUUGGGGGUGGAACUGGCUCGGGAUUUGCUUCCUUGCUGAUGGAGAGACUAUCCGUUGAUUAUGGUAAAAAGUCAAAGCUUGAGUUUGCUAUAUACCCCGCCCCGCAAAUUUCUACAGCUGUGGUUGAACCUUAUAACUCCAUUCUUACAACUCACACGACUCUGGAACACUCUGACGCUGCGUUCAUGGUGGACAAUGAGGCUAUUUAUGACAUUUGUCGCCGCAACUUGGAUAUUGAAAGACCUACUUAUACCAAUCUGAAUCGCCUAAUUGGUCAAAUUGUUUCCUCAAUUACUGCUUCACUCAGAUUCGACGGUGCUCUUAAUGUUGACUUGACUGAAUUUCAAACCAACUUAGUCCCUUACCCUCGAAUUCAUUUUCCUCUGGUUACGUAUGCGCCUGUAAUUUCUGCGGAGAAAGCUUAUCACGAACAGCUAUCUGUGGCUGAAAUCACUAAUGCUUGCUUUGAACCCGCCAAUCAAAUGGUCAAAUGUGAUCCCCGGCAUGGUAAAUAUAUGGCAUGUUGUAUGCUCUACAGGGGCGAUGUUGUUCCUAAAGACGUGAAUGCUGCAAUUGGAACGAUAAAAACGAAGCGCACGAUACAGUUUGUGGAUUGGUGUCCUACCGGUUUUAAAGUGGGCAUCAACUAUCAACCACCGACUGUAGUUCCAGGAGGGGACCUGGCAAAGGUGCAGCGUGCAGUAUGCAUGUUGUCUAAUACCACGGCUAUUGCUGAGGCUUGGUCACGAUUGAAUCAUAAGUUUGACUUGAUGUAUGCCAAGCGCGCUUUUGUUCAUUGGUACGUAGGCGAGGGAAUGGAGGAAGGGGAGUUUUCGGAAGCCCGGGAGGACCUCGCUGCUCUCGAAAAAGACUACGAGGAAGUUGGCAUGGAUUCCGGUGAAGGAGAAGGUGAAGGCGGCGAAGAAUAU